GCAGCCUCAACUUCCCUGACUCCAGGGAUCCUCUCACCUUGGCCUCCGGAGCAGCUGGGACUACAGGUGUGUGCCACCAUGCCUGGCUAAUUAAAAAAUUUUUUUUUGUAAAGAGGGAGUUUUGCUAUGUUGCCCAGGCAGGUCGCAAACUCCUGGGCUCAAGUGAUCCUCUUGCCUUGGCCUUCCAAAGUGCUGGCCAUCUCGCCUGGCCUACUAUUUUUUUAGAGAUAGGGUCUUGCUCUAUCACUCAGGCUGUAGUGUAGUGGUGUAAUCAUAGCUCACUGCAGCCUCAAACUACUGGACUCAAGGGAUCCUUACACUUAGCCUGCCGACUAGGUGGGACUACAUGCACGUGCCACCAUGCCCAGCUAAGUUUUAAAACUUUUUUUUGUAGAGACGGGGCUCUCACUAUGUUGCUCAGGCUGGUUUACGAACUCCUGGCUUCAAGCGAUCUUCCUGCCUUGGCCUCUCAAAGUACCAGGAUUACAGGCCUUGCAGGAGGCGCUGCGACCAAUUCAAACAUGGCGCUGCCGGCCUCACGUUUCCCGCUAAUGGCGGCGUAGGGGCGGAGGUCGCGCCUGAGUGCGUCCGUACAAGAGGGCGGCACCGUCUCCAUGGCAACCCGCGCGCAGCCCGGGCCACUCAGCCCGGCGGGAAGCGCGGGUGUUGCGGCGCUGGCGACAGGCGGGGUUGCCAGCUGCCCGGGGCCAGGGCGGCCAGGGCUGCUGCAGGACGAGACUCUGGGUGUGGCGUCCGUGCCUUCGCAGUGGAGGGCCGUCCAGGGCAUCCGCGGGGAGACGAAAAGUUGCCAGACGUCCAGCAUUGCCACUGCCAGUGCAUCCGCUCAGGCCAGGAAUCAUGUGGACGCCCAGGUGCAGACGGAGGCCCCUGUGCCUGUCAGCGUGCAGCCCCCGUCCCGGGACGACAUACCCCGGCUCGCAGCCUUUCUUCGGAGAGUAGAGGCCAUGGUCAUCCGAGAGCUGAACAAGAAUUGGCAGAGCCACGCGUUUGAUGGCUUCGAGGUGAACUGGACCGAGCAGCAGCAGAUGGUGUCUUGUCUGUAUACCCUGGGCUACCCGCCAGCCCAAGCGCAGGGUCUGCAUGUGACCGGCAUCUCCUGGAACUCCACUGGCUCCGUGGUGGCCUGUGCCUACGGCCGGCUGGACCAUGGGGACUGGGGCACGCUUAAGUCCUUUGUGUGUGCCUGGAACCUGGACCGGCGAGGCCUGUGUCCCCGGCAGCCGUCGGCCGUGGUGGAGGUCCCCAGCGCUGUCCUGUGUCUGGCCUUCCACCCCACGCAGCCCUCCCACGUCGCAGGAGGGCUGUACAGUGGUGAGGUGCUGGUGUGGGACCUGAGCCGUCUUGAGGACCCGCUGCUGUGGCGCACAGGCCUGAUGGAUGACACCCACACAGACCCUGUGUCCCAGGGCGUUGGGGCAGGUCAGCUGCAGCUCACAGAGGGCUUCGCCCUGGUCAUGCAGCAGCUGCCACGGAGCACUAAGCUCAAGAAGCAUCCCCGCGGGGAGACCGAGGUGGGUGCCACGGCAGUGGCCUUCUCCAGCUUUGACCCCAGGCUGUUCAUUCUGGGCACGGAAGGCGGCUUCCCGCUUAAGUGUUCCCUGGCAGCUAGAGAGGCAGCCCUCACGCGGAUGCCCAGCUCCGUGCCCCUGCGGGCCCCAGCAGAGUUUACCUUCUCCCCCCACGGCGGUCCCAUCUAUUCUGUGAGCUGUUCCCCCUUCCACAGGAAUCUCUUCCUGAGCGCCGGGACUGAUGGGCAUGUCCACCUGUACUCCAUGCUGCAGGCCCCUCCCCUGACUUCGCUGCAGCUCUCCCUCAAGUAUCUGUUUGCUGUGCGCUGGUCCCCAGUGCGGCCCUUGGUUUUUGCAGCUGCCUCUGGGGAAGGUGACGUGCAGCUGUUUGAUCUCCAGAAAAGCUCCCAGAAACCCACAGUUUUGAUCAAGCAAACCCAGGAUGAAAGCCCUGUCUACUGUCUGGAGUUCAACAGCCAGCAGACUCAGCUCUUGGCUGCGGGCGAUGCCCAGGGCACAGUGAAGGUGUGGCAGCUGAGCACAGAGUUCACGGAACAAGGGCCCCGGGAAGCUGAGGACCUGGACCGCCUGGCAGCGGAGGUGGCGACCUGAGGGGUCCCGGGAGGCGGGUGCAAGCCUUUGCUGUGCCGAGCCUUGUGUUUCUGACGUAAGCUGAAUGAAGAAAAGCAAAGCUU